UUUUAUCAAUGAGAAACAAUGGGUGAUUCACUAGAAGGCAGCGAAAUCCUUGCCGAUCUGCAGAAUGUAUCAGUCGUCGAUUAUUUGUCGUUUGCGAAUUAUCUGAAAAAGGCUGUGACAAUCCUAUUGCCAGAAGAAGACGUAGUUUCACCGGCUUUGAAUAAUGCUUUGGAGGAUAGAAGUAACCAGGAAUGCAUCAGAAAAUUCUUGUCUGAUCCCCAGGUUACGUCUUUGUAUAUCCAGAGGAGCUCGUCGAAAGAGGAUGACAACGAUCAACCAAACGAAGGAGAAGAGGAAAAAGACUUGACUUCUUACUACAUAAGCAAUGAAGUCCACUUCACAAACCACCGCAUUGCCUCUCUCGUUUGCAUCAAGAGAGGUCAUGUUGUGGAAGCAGACAAAUCCAUACAUUCCCAACUGCGUCUCAUCAACUUUUCCGAUGGAAGCCCUUAUGAGACAUUGCACGCCUUCAUUAGCAAGACUAUGGCACCUUAUUUCAAGAGCUACAUCAAAGAAUCUGGUCGAGCUGACAGAGAUGGUGAUAAGAUGGCUCCAUCCGUGGAGAAGAAAAUAGCUGAGCUGGAAAUGGGCUUGUUGCACUUGCAGCAGAAUAUUGAUAUACCAGAAAUUUCUUUGCCGGUGCACCAGACCGUUGCUGGUGUUAUCAAACGUUGUGCUGAUGAUGGACGUAAAGCUAAAGUAUCAGAUUUUGGAGACAAGGCUGAAGAUUCAACUUUCCUCAAUCAAUUGCAAAAUGGUGUCAAUAGGUGGAUCAAGGAAAUUCAAAAGGUGACAAAACUAGACCGCGAUCCAAGUUCUGGAACAGCCCUCCAAGAAAUUUCCUUCUGGUUGAACUUGGAACGCGCUCUUUACCGUAUUCAAGAAAAACGCGAAUCCAUUGAGGUCACUUUGACCUUAGAAAUCCUGAAAUUUGGUAAACGUUUUCAUGCCACUGUUAGUUUUGAUAACGACACUGGUUUUAAACAAGCCUUGACCAUGGUUGCUGAUUAUAAUCCUUUGAUGAAGGAUUUUCCUAUUAAUGACUUGCUUUCUGCUACGGAACUCGAUCGAAUUCGUACUGCUUUGCAACACAUCUUCAACCAUUUGCGCAAGAUUCGUACAACCAAAUAUCCAAUUCUGAGGGCUUUGCGUCUAGUUGAAGCAAUUUCUCGGGAUUUAAGUCAACAACUGUUGAAGGUUUUGGGUACAAGACGUUUAAUGCACAUUCCUUUCGAUGAGUUUGAACGUGUUAUGACUCAAUGCUUCAAAGUGUUCUCCUGCUGGGAUGAUGAAUAUGAUAAACUUCAAGGAUUAUUGAGGGAUAUUGUGAAAAAGAAACGUGAUGAACAAUUGAAAAUGGUAUGGCGCAUUUCACCAGCUCACAAAUUCCUGCAAACUCGAAUGGAGCACAUGAGAAAAUUCCGCAGACAGCACGAACAAUUGCGGACAGUUAUCGUCAGAGUCCUCAGACCGACUGUGAGAAAUCAAGCCACGUCCCUUCAAGGAGCUGGUGACCAGGCCAGUGAACAAACAAAACAACCUCAAUCUUUGGACGCUGCUGAUGCUAAUGCUAUUGAAGAAGUCAAUUUGGCUUAUGAGAAUGUGAAAGAAGUUGAAUGUUUGGAUAUCACUCGGGAAGGAAAUGAAGCUUGGGAUGCAGCUGUCAGGAGAUACGAGGAUAGAAUCGAUCGUGUUGAGACCAGAAUCACGGCCCAUCUACGCGACCAACUCGGAACUGCAAGAAAUGCAAACGAAAUGUUCAGAAUUUUCUCCAGAUUCAACGCUUUGUUUGUAAGACCACAUAUUCGAGGAGCUAUUAGAGAGUAUCAGACUCAAUUGAUCCAACGUGUCAAGGAUGAUAUCGAGGCUUUGCACAAUAAGUUCAAGGCUCAAUACCCUCAGAGCAAAAGCUGUCGUGUGAGUUUGGUCAGAGAUCUACCGCCAGUUGCUGGAUCUAUAAUUUGGGCAAAACAGAUUGAUCAUCAACUCACGAUGUACUUGAGGAGAGUUGAAGACGUUCUUGGCAAAGGUUGGGAGACUCACAUCGAUGGUCAGAAAUUGAAAGCAGAUGGUGAUAGUUUUCGUCUCAAGUUGUCAACUCAAGAAGUUUUUGAUGAUUGGGCAAGAAAUGUGCAACAAAGAAACCUUGGUGUUACUGGAAGAUUAUUUGCUAUUGAAUCAACCAGAUCAAGAACUGGAAGAGCAAAUGUUCUGAAGCUAAAAGUGAACUUUUCACCAGAAAUCAUCACUUUGUACAAAGAAGUUCGUAACUUGAAGAACUUGGGCUUCAGAGUUCCUUUGGCUAUUGUGAACAAGGCUCAUCAGGCAAAUCAAUUAUAUCCAUUUGCGAUUUCUUUGAUUGAGAGUGUUAGAACUUAUGAGAGAACAUUGGAAAAGAUUGAGGAUAGAGCCAGUAUAGCUCCUCUAGUAGCCGGUAUGAGGAUGGAUGUCCUUGCCCUGAUUGCUGACGGAAUGCAACUGGUCUGGGAAAGCUAUAAACUAGAUCCUUAUGUCCACAAAUUGUCCGAAGCCGUUGUAUCAUUCCAAGAAAAGGUUGAAGAUCUCGUUGUGGUCGAAGAACAACUCGAUGUUGAUGUGAGAUCUUUAGAAACAUGUCCUUAUAGCGCUGCAACUUUUGCUGAUAUCUUGGCUAAAAUUCAGCAAGCCGUUGAUGAUUUAUCCUUGCGUCAGUACUCGAAUUUGCAUGUCUGGGUCGCACGUUUGGACGAAGAGGUUGAGAAGAAGUUGGCUGCUCGUUUGCAAGCUGGUGUAGCAGCCUGGACUGAUUCUCUGAGUGGAAACCAGAAAGAAAUUGAUCGUAGUAUGGAUACUGAUGCACCUGCUGCUCCUACACAUAAACCAGGAGGAGAACCACAGAUCCAAAUGGCCGUACAUGAAAUCAGAAUUACGAAUCAACAAAUGUAUCUGUUCCCAUCGAUAGAAGAAGCUCGUUUCCAGAUCACACAGCAAUUGUUUGCAUGGCAGGCAAUUGUUACUUCACAAACUCGUCUACAAAGCUCCAGAUAUCAAGUGGGCGUGGACAAACCAGUACUGCAAACUUACAGAAAUUUGUUAACAAAAUUACCACAAGGCUCAGAGCAACUCGAUAAUGCUUACGCUGCCAUAGAAAGCAAAAUUAAAGAGGUUCGUCUUUAUGUUGAUGAAUGGUUGCGUUAUCAAAGUUUAUGGGACCUUCAAGCUGAUACUUUAUAUGGCAGACUUGGUGAAGAUAUUAAUUUGUGGAUUAAGUGCCUUAAUGACAUCAAGAAAUCCCGUACAACAUUCGACACUUCAGAUACAAGACGCGAAUAUGGACCAAUUGUCAUCGAUUAUGCUAAAGUGCAGGCCAAAGUUACACUCAAAUAUGAUUCUUGGCAUAAGGAAGUUUUGGGUAAAUUUGGGUCGCUUCUGGGUAACGAGAUGGCUACUUUCCAUACACAAGUUUCGAAGUCGCGCUACGAGUUGGAGCAGCAAUCUAUAGAAGCUGCAAGUACUUCAGAUGCUGUCAGUUUUAUAACAUAUGUCCAGUCUUUGAAAAGAGAAAUGUUGCAAUGGGAUAAACAAGUUGAAGUUUAUAGGGAAGCCCAAAGGAUCCUUGAAAGACAACGCUUCCAAUUUCCUACAUCAUGGCUUCAUGUCGAUAAUAUUGAAGGAGAGUGGUCAGCAUUUAAUGAGAUUAUGAAGAGGAAAGAUUCUGCUAUACAAACCCAGGUUGCCAGUUUACAGCAAAAGAUCGUAGCAGAAGACAAAGCCGUCGAAACCAGAACAAAUGAUUUCCUGAUUGAUUGGGACAAAAAUAAACCUACUCAGGGCAAAACUAAACCUGAAGAUGCUCUGCAGCAAUUGCAAAUGUUCGAAAGCAAAUUCUCCAGGUUGAAGGAGGAACGAGACAAUGUGGCUAAAGCUAAAGAGGCUUUGGAAUUACAAGAAAGCGCGGCGCCCAAUAAUAGUUCCGAGCGAAUGUCGGUGGUUCUUGAAGAAUUACAAGAUCUGCGCGGAGUUUGGUCAGAGUUGUCCAGAGUCUGGACACUGAUUGAUGAAACGCGGGAAAAACCAUGGUUAUCGGUUCAACCUAGAAAGUUGCGUCAAACUUUGGAUGGUAUGAUGUCGCAGCUCAAGGAAUUGCCUGCCAGGCUCAGGAUGUAUGAGAGUUACGAGUAUGUUAAGAAAUUGUUGCAGAGUUACAUAAAGGUGAACAUCAUGAUUGUUGAAUUGAAAUCCGAUGCUUUGAAAGAACGUCACUGGAAGCAAUUGACAAAACAACUCCGAGUCAGCUGGAUUUUAAGUGAUCUAACACUCGGCCAAGUAUGGGAUGUCAACUUGCUCAAGAACGAGUCAAUUGUUAAGGAUGUUAUCCUGGUUGCUCAGGGUGAAAUGGCUUUAGAAGAGUUCUUGAAACAAGUUCGAGAGUCUUGGCAAAACUAUGAAUUGGAUUUGAUAAAUUAUCAGAACAAGUGCAAAAUUAUACGUGGUUGGGACGAUUUGUUCAACAAAGUUAAGGAACACAUAAACUCUGUUGCUGCCAUGAAACUUUCACCAUACUACAAGGUGUUUGAAGAAGAAGCCCUAACCUGGGAAGAAAAACUGAACCGUAUAAAUGCACUCUUUGAUGUCUGGAUUGAUGUCCAAAGGCGAUGGGUUUAUUUAGAAGGCAUUUUCUCUGGUUCAGCUGAUAUUAAAACUUUGCUGCCUGUUGAAACGUCCAGAUUCCAAAGUAUCAGUUCUGAGUUCCUGGGACUGAUGAAGAAAGUAACCAAGUCCCCAAUGGUUAUGGACGUAUUGAACAUUCCUGGUGUACAAAGAUCAUUGGAAAGAUUAGCUGAUCUUUUGGGCAAAAUUCAGAAAGCUCUUGGAGAAUAUUUGGAACGCGAACGAAAUUCCUUCCCCAGAUUUUACUUUGUUGGUGAUGAAGAUUUAUUGGAAAUCAUCGGCAACAGCAAGAACAUUGCAAGGUUGCAAAAGCACUUUAAAAAAAUGUUUGCUGGUGUUGCUGCAAUUUUGUUGAAUGAGGAAAACAAUAUCAUACUUGGAAUAGCAUCCAGAGAAGGAGAAGAGGUAAAAUUCCUAAAUCCUGUAUCCACUGUCGAUCAUCCCAAAAUCAACGAAUGGCUGACAUUAGUUGAAAAAGAGAUGAGAGUGACUCUGGCUUCUUAUUUAACACAAGCUGUGCAGGACAUCAAGCAAUUCAAAGGUGCAGCUAUCGAUCCACAGAAAUACAUGGAAUGGUGUGAUAAAUAUCAGGCUCAAAUCGUAGUUUUGGCAGCACAGAUCUUGUGGUCAGAGGAUGUUGAGGCUGCUCUUCAGCAAGCUGAUGGUGGACAAGGAAGUGGACAUUUAGAACGAGUUCUAUCUACUGUUGAAGGCACUUUAAAUGUCCUGGCUGAUUCUGUACUGCAGGAACAACCAGCUUUGCGCAGACGAAAAUUGGAACACUUGAUUAACGAAUUUGUCCACAAACGUACUGUAACCAGAAGACUGAUCGGAAACAAUGUGAAGAGCUCCAAAUCCUUUGACUGGUUAUCAGAAAUGAGGUUCUAUUUCGAUCCACGACAAACAGAGGUUUUGAAACAACUAACGAUCCAUAUGGCAAAUGCUAAAUUCUUCUACGGUUUCGAGUACUUGGGUGUCCAGGACAGGUUGGUUCAGACUCCGUUGACUGAUAGAUGUUACUUGACGAUGACUCAAGCUUUGGAAUCACGUUUGGGUGGUUCACCAUUCGGUCCUGCUGGUACUGGUAAAACUGAAUCAGUUAAAGCUUUAGGUAACCAACUUGGGCGUUUUGUUCUGGUUUUCAAUUGUGACGAAACAUUUGAUUUCCAAGCCAUGGGAAGAAUCUUCAUCGGUUUGUGCCAAGUGGGUGCAUGGGGUUGUUUUGAUGAAUUCAAUCGUCUUGAGGAAAGAAUGUUGUCUGCGGUGUCACAGCAAGUCCAGACUAUUCAGGAAGCGCUGAAAUCCCAAGCUGACUCCAACAAAGAAAGCGCUAUUACCGUGGAGUUAGUCGGCAAACAAGUGCGAGUUUCAACAGACAUGGCCAUCUUCAUCACCAUGAAUCCGGGCUAUGCAGGCAGAUCCAAUUUACCAGACAAUCUUAAGAAGUUGUUCCGUUCCUUGGCUAUGACAUCUCCGGACAGACAGUUGAUUGCUGAAGUCAUGCUGUUCAGUCAAGGGUUCCGUACUGCUGAAAGACUUGCUUGCAAAAUUGUACCAUUCUUCAAGUUAUGUGACGAACAAUUGUCGAACCAAUCGCAUUACGAUUUCGGUCUGAGAGCUUUGAAGAGUGUGCUAGUAUCUGCUGGAAAUGUUAAACGUGAUAGAAUAAUGAGAAUUAAGGAUAAUAUGGUACAACGUGGUGAAACCAACAUCGAUGAAGCUUCCAUUGCUGAAAAUUUACCAGAACAAGAAAUUCUGAUUCAAUCGGUUUGUGAAACAAUGGUUCCCAAACUUGUUGCAGAGGACAUUCCACUUUUGUUCUCUUUGUUGAACGAUGUGUUCCCGAAUGUCGGAUACACCAGGGCUGAAAUGACAGGUUUGAAGGACGAAAUCCGCAAAGUCUGUGCUGAAGAGCAUCUCGUCUGUGGUGAAGGUGAUGAACAAGGAGGCGCUUGGAUGGAAAAGGUUCUUCAAUUGUACCAAAUCAGCAACCUCAACCACGGCUUGAUGAUGGUCGGUCCAAGCGGUUCUGGUAAAAGUUGUGCUUGGAAAGUCCUUCUCAAAGCCCUUGAAAGAUUCGAAGGUGUCGAAGGUGUUGCUCAUGUUAUUGAUCCCAAAGCUAUUUCCAAAGAAGCUCUGUAUGGUGUUUUGGAUCCAAACACUCGUGAGUGGACUGAUGGUCUGUUCACACAUAUACUCAGGAAAAUAAUAGACAAUGUUCGUGGAGAAAUCAACAAACGCCAAUGGAUAAUCUUCGAUGGUGACGUCGAUCCCGAAUGGGUAGAAAAUUUGAAUUCAGUCCUGGAUGACAAUAAAUUACUAACUUUGCCUAAUGGAGAAAGAUUGUCGCUUCCACCAAACGUUCGCGUCAUGUUUGAGGUGCAAGAUUUGAAGUACGCAACUUUGGCAACUGUAUCACGUUGCGGUAUGGUAUGGUUCUCAGAAGAUGUCCUGUCCACGGAGAUGAUCUUUGAAAAUUAUUUGACUCGUUUGAGGAGCACGCCACUGGAGGAUCUUGAGGAUGAUAAUUUUGCAACGAAACAUAUUGCUGCACAAGCCGCUACUGGAUCCAGCGAUUCCAAGGAUGAAGGACUUAGUGUGGCCUUACAGACCCAGGGUGAAAUUGCCGCAAUUCUGCAAUCGUACUUUGCUGCUGAUGGUCUCGUUGUACGUUGUCUUGAAUAUGCAAUGAAACAGGAACACAUUAUGGACUUCACCAGAUUGAGAGCUUUAAGCUCCUUGUUCUCCAUGUUAAACCAAGCAGCCAGGAAUGUUUUGAUCUACAAUCAGCAACAUCCAGAAUUCCCAGUGACUUCUGAACAAAUGGAACAAUAUAUUCCCAAAGCUCUGGUCUACUCGUUACUGUGGUCGUUCUCUGGUGAUGCCAAGUUGAAGGUGCGAUCAGAUUUGGGAGAUUUCUUGCGCAGUGUUACUACUAUUCAAUUGCCUGCUGCUGGAAAUGCACCGAUCAUCGAUUACGAGGUAAAUCUAUCCGGUGAUUGGGUACCAUGGUCCAACAAAGUACCAGUUAUUGAAGUCGAAACCCAUAAAGUCGCCUCUCCUGAUAUUGUUGUUCCAACACUAGAUACUGUACGUCAUGAGUCCUUAUUAUACACAUGGCUUGCCGAACACAAACCUUUAGUCCUUUGCGGUCCUCCAGGAUCUGGUAAAACCAUGACACUAUUCUCAGCCUUACGAGCUCUUCCUGAUAUGGAAGUCGUUGGCUUGAACUUCUCUUCUGCAACCACACCAGAGUUGCUCCUGAAAACAUUUGAUCACUAUUGUGAAUAUAGGAAAACACCGAACGGUGUUGUCCUUGCUCCAGUACAGUUGGGUAAAUGGCUGGUCCUGUUCUGCGACGAAAUCAAUUUACCAGAUAUGGAUCGUUACGGCACACAACGUGUUAUUUCGUUCUUGCGACAACUUGUGGAACAUCGUGGUUUCUUCAGGGCUUCAGAUCAGGCCUGGGUUGCUCUGGAACGUAUUCAGUUUGUAGGAGCUUGUAAUCCUCCGACGGAUCCUGGACGAAAACCUUUAACUCACAGGUUCUUGAGACAUGUCCCGAUCAUCUACGUGGACUAUCCUGGUGAAACAUCUUUGAAACAGAUCUAUGGCACAUUCAGCAGAGCCAUGUUGCGACUAAUGCCAGCUCUCAAAGGAUACGCAGAACCUUUAACAAAUGCCAUGGUAGAAUUCUAUUUAGCAUCCCAAGACCGGUUCACUCAAGACAUGCAACCCCAUUAUGUGUAUUCACCUCGUGAGAUGACCAGAUGGGUACGAGGAAUCUGUGAAGCUAUCAGACCUCUGGAUGCUUUACCCGUGGAAGGUCUUGUGCGCUUAUGGGGCCAUGAGGCUUUACGUCUGUUCCAAGAUCGUUUGGUUGAAGAAAGUGAACGCAGGUGGACGAAUGAAAAUAUUGAUGCUGUGGCUCUGAAACACUUCCCGGGUAUUGAUGCCCACAAAGCUUUGGAGAGACCCAUAUUGUUCUCCAAUUGGUUGCACAAGCAUUAUGUACCUGUUAACAGGGAGGAGUUACGAGAAUACGUUAAGGCUAGGUUAAAGAUUUUCUAUGAAGAAGAACUUGAUGUACCAUUGGUUCUGUUUGAUGAGGUUCUUGAACACGUUUUGCGUAUCGACAGAAUCUUUAGACAACCCCAGGGUCAUUUGUUACUCAUUGGAGUGUCUGGUGCUGGUAAAACUACUUUGUCCAGAUUUGUUGCCUGGAUGAACGGCCUGUCUGUAUUCCAGAUUAAGGUUCAUAACAAAUACACAGGUGAAGAUUUCGAUGAAGAUCUACGUUGCGUUUUGCGCCGAUCAGGUUGCAAAGAUGAGAAGAUAGCGUUUAUCCUGGACGAAUCUAAUGUUCUGGAUUCUGGUUUCCUUGAACGUAUGAAUACUUUACUUGCCAAUGGUGAAGUUCCUGGUUUAUUCGAAGGCGAUGAGUACACCACUCUUAUGACACAGUGUAAAGAAGGCGCACAGAGGGAAGGACUGAUGCUCGAUUCUAAUGAGGAAUUGUAUAAAUGGUUUACUGGACAAGUCAUGCGCAACUUGCACGUUGUCUUCACAAUGAAUCCUUCGACUGAUGGUUUGAAAGACAGAGCUGCAACAUCACCAGCUCUCUUCAAUAGGUGUGUUCUUAACUGGUUUGGUGAUUGGAGUGAUGGUGCUCUGUUCCAGGUUGGCAAAGAAUUCACAUCUCGUGUGGAUUUGGACCGUUCAUCCUGGCGUGCACCAGACUUCUUCCCUGCUUCGUGCGCACUUUUACCAGCCUGUGUUAGUCAUCGUGAUGCAGUCGUAAAUGCUUUCGUAUAUGUCCACCAGACCUUGCACAAGGCCAAUGCCAGGUUGGCUAAACGGGGAGGACGUACUGCUGCCAUCACACCCAGGCAUUAUUUGGACUUCAUCCAUCAUUUCGUAAAACUGUACUCUGAGAAGAGAAGCGACUUGGAGGAACAGCAGUUGCACUUGAACGUUGGUCUUAAUAAAAUUGCAGAGACGGUGGAACAAGUAGAGGAGAUGCAGAAGAGUCUUGCUGUUAAAUCACAGGAGUUGCAAGCCAAGAACGAUGCUGCCAAUGCUAAAUUGAAGCAAAUGAUGAAAGAUCAGCAAGAAGCUGAAAAGAAGAAGGUUCAGUCUCAAGAAAUUCAAGUGGCACUUUCUAAACAAACUGUGCAAAUUGAAGAAAAGCGUAAGGAUGUUAUGGCAGAUCUGGAAAAAGUCGAACCGGCUGUUAUUGAUGCCCAAACAGCCGUCAAGUCGAUCAAGAAGCAGCACCUGGUCGAAGUUCGUACCAUGUCGAAUCCUCCUGCGAUCGUCAAAGUGGCCUUGGAGUCAAUCUGUCUGCUCCUGGGAGAGAAUGCGAGCGAUUGGAAGAGUAUCAGGGCGGUCAUUAUGAGGGACAAUUUCAUCAAUUCCAUCGUGUCCAAUUUCAGCACGGAGGACAUUACUGAUGAUGUUCGUGAAAAGAUGAAGACAAGGUAUUUGAGCAAUCCUGAUUACAACUUUGAAAAAGUGAACAGAGCCAGUAUGGCUUGCGGUCCUAUGGUCAAAUGGGCAAUAGCUCAAAUCGAGUAUGCUGAUAUGUUGAAACGUGUGGAACCUCUUCGUGAAGAAUUGCAUUCCUUAGAAGUCCAAGCUGAAACUAACAUCAAACGUGGAGAAGAAGUUAAGACGUUGAUUUCCCAAUUGGAACAAAGUAUUGCUUCGUACAAGGAAGAAUAUGCUCAGCUCAUUUCGCAGGCUUUGGCUAUUAAGAACGAUUUGGAGAAUGUCCAAGCCAAGGUUGACCGAUCCAUUGCCUUGUUAAAAUCUCUAGUAAUCGAAAGAGAAAGAUGGGAAGCCACCAGCGAAACCUUCAGAUCACAAAUGUCAACAAUCGUUGGAGAUGUUUUGUUAUCAGCUGCAUUUAUUGCUUAUGGUGGAUACUUCGAUCAACACUAUCGCCAUAACCUAUUUGCAACCUGGAGUCAACAUUUGCAACAAGCCUGUCUUUUGUUCAGACAAGACAUUGCCCGUACAGAAUAUUUGUCAAACCCUGAUGAAAGACUACGUUGGCAAGCAAAUGCUUUGCCGACUGAUGACUUGUGCACAGAAAAUGCCAUCAUGCUUAAGCGUUUCAACCGUUAUCCACUGAUUAUCGAUCCCUCUGGACAAGCCACAGAAUUUAUAAUGAACGAGUUCAAGGAUCGCAAGAUCACUAAAACUAGUUUCCUGGAUGAUUCGUUCAGGAAGAACUUGGAGUCUGCACUUCGGUUUGGUAAUCCUUUGCUGGUACAGGAUGUGGAGAAUUACGAUCCAAUCUUAAACCCUGUUCUGAAUCGCGAAUUACGUCGAACUGGUGGACGUGUCCUGAUAACUCUAGGAGACCAGGAUAUAGAUUUAUCGCCUUCGUUUGUCAUAUUUUUGUCGACCAGGGAUCCGACUGUAGAGUUUCCACCGGAUAUUUGCAGUCGUGUCACUUUUGUUAACUUCACAGUUACUCGAAGCUCUCUGCAGAGCCAAUGUCUUAACCAGGUGCUCAAGGCUGAGAGACCUGAUAUCGAUGAGAAACGAUCUGAUUUGCUAAAAUUACAAGGUGAAUUCCAUUUGAGACUGCGCCAAUUGGAAAAGAGUCUCCUGCAGGCUUUGAACGAUGCCAAAGGAAAGAUCCUGGACGACGAUUCCGUCAUCACAACUUUGGAGACACUCAAGAAAGAAGCUGCAGAUAUUGGACAGAAAGUUGAAGAGACCGAUAAAGUUAUCGGCGAAAUCGAGACUGUCUCGCAACAGUAUCUGCCUUUAUCUCAGGCUUGCAGUAACAUCUACUUCACGAUGGACUCGUUGAACCAGAUACACUUCUUGUACCAGUACAGUUUGAAAAUGUUCUUGGACAUCUUCAGCUCCGUUUUGUACAAGAAUGAACAUUUGGAUGGUGUCAGUGAGCACACAACACGUUUAGGCUUUAUCACACAAGAUCUGUUCUCAGUUUGUUACGAUUGGGUCGCUCGUGGUAUGUUGCACGUUGAUCGUUUAACCUUUGCAAUCCUCUUGUGCAAAAUUCAUUUGAAAGGCGUUGUCAACGAACAAAGUUUGGAUAACGAAUUUAACUUCUUCUUGCGUGCCAAGGAAGGACUUGCUGCGCAGGUACAAGCUGGUCCUGUCGAAGGUUUAAGUCAGGAGCAGCAAGAGGCUGUGAACAAACUCUCGUUGAGAUUGCCAGCGUUCAGAAAGUUGGCUGAAAAAAUAAGUUCCAUUCCGGAGUUGGGAGCAUGGUUGCAGCAAGGAUCGCCCGAACAAAAUGUUCCAAGACUUUGGCAAGAAGAUAAACCUCUAUCGCCAAUUGCAACUGCUAUGCACCAACUUUUACUGAUCCAGGCGUUCAGACCUGAUAGAACAAUAGCUGCAGCCCAACUUCUGGUUUCUGCAGUACUUGGCGAGCAAUUUAUGCCAAAUGCUGAACAAGAAAUGGACUUCAGCAAAAUCGUCGAGAACGAGUUGCGUUCUAAUGUACCAGCUUUGUUGUGUUCUGUUCCUGGUUUUGACGCUUCAGGUCGUGUUGACGAUUUAGCAGCAGAACUUGGCAAACAAAUUUCAAGCAUAGCCAUCGGUUCAGCUGAAGGUUUCAAUCAAGCCGACCGUGCCAUCAAUAGUGCAUGCAAAACCGGCAGGUGGGUAAUGCUAAAGAACGUCCACCUAGCUCCUCAAUGGCUGGUACAGCUUGAGAAGAAAUUACACUCCUUGCAGCCUCAUGCUGGAUUUAGAUUGUUCUUGACCAUGGAAAUUAACCCUUGUGUACCUGUUAAUUUAUUACGUGCUGGAAGAAUAUUUGUUUUUGAACCACCACCAGGCAUCAGGGCUAACUUGCUCAGAACAUUCAGCACGGUGCCAGCUACUAGAAUGAUGAAGGUACCCAGUGAACGUGCUCGACUCUACUUCCUUUUGGCAUGGUUCCAUGCAAUUGUCCAGGAGAGGCUGCGAUAUGUUCCUUUGGGUUGGGCCAAACAUUACGAAUUCAAUGAUAGCGAUUUGAGAGUUGCCUGUGAUACAUUAGAUACUUGGAUCGAGGCUACAGCCAUGGGCAGGACAAAUCUUCCACCAGAGAAGGUGCCAUGGGAUGCCCUUGUCACUUUAUUGUCUCAGAGCAUCUAUGGAGGUAAAAUUGAUAACGAUUUUGACCAAAGGCUGUUGGUGUCCUUCUUGUCCAAAUUGUUCACACCUAGGAGCUUUGAAUCCGAUUUUGCAUUGGUUGCCAAUGUUGACGGGGUUGCUGGUGGACCAAACGGUCAGCGCCAUAUAACAAUGCCUGAUGGCACUCGCAGAGAUCACUUCCUAAAAUGGAUCGAAGGAUUGGCUGAUCGACAAACACCUUCCUGGCUAGGACUUCCAAAUAAUGCAGAAAAGGUAUUGUUAACAACUCGAGGAACAGACCUGGUAUCAAAAUUACUCAAAAUGCAGCAACUAGAAGACGAUGAUGAACUAGCCUACACGUCUACAGAUUCUGAUAGUUCUCCAACAGCACAAUCACCUGGUGGACAGGAGGAUGGACGUCCUUCGUGGAUGAAGACUUUGCAUGCAAGUGCUGCUACUUGGCUGGAACUGCUGCCCAAACAAUUACCGACUCUCAAACGUACUGUGGAGAACAUCAAAGAUCCAUUAUACAGAUACUUUGAACGUGAAGUUAAUUCCGGAGCAAAAUUGCUGCAAGAAGUCAUUCAUGAUCUGCAAGAUGUUGUCUUGAUCUGCAAGGGUGAAAAGAAGCAAACAAAUUACCAUCGAGCAAUGUUGGGUGAACUGGUGCGAGGAAUGUUACCAGCCGGUUGGAGACGUUACACAGUUCCAAGGGGCUGUACUGUAAUUCAAUGGGUCACUGAUUUUGGACAACGUGUACGACAACUGCAAAAAGUCUCAGAACUUGUGUCACAAUCUGGUGCUAAAUCAUUACAGGCCUUCGAAGUAUGGUUAGGUGGUCUUCUGAAUCCAGAAGCGUACAUUACGGCUACAAGGCAAUGUGUAGCUCAAGCGAAUAGUUGGUCUUUAGAAGAACUGUCGUUGGAUGUCACGAUUGUGGAUGGAGCAAUGCCUGCGUCGACAGAGGCAGGAUGCUUUGCUGUCACUGGUCUUAAAUUGCAAGGAGCGCAGUGCAGGAAUAACCAGCUGUUGUUGACGUCUACUAUUAUGAUGGAUUUGCCACAUACUUUGCUUAGAUGGAUAAGGACUUCUUCAGAAAGAAAAACAGAUAAACUCUCCUUACCGGUGUACUUAAACUCAACCAGAAGCGAACUACUGUUCACCGUAGACCUAUCUGUAGCAUCUGGACAAGACCCACAUAGUUUCUAUGAACGAGGAGUAGCCCUACUCACAUCUACAGCUUUGAAUUAAACUAAACUCGAUAUUAGAUUUAUUUCAGUAUUUAAAAGUAACUUAUACCUAAAACUAUAUUCUAAUAACUGCUUAGCUGUUUUAUUAAUUUAAUUUAUAUAAUUUAAUUGUUAGAUUUGCUAUUUUAGAUAUUUAUUAUGAAUGUGAAGAAAGAUACU